CCGCAUCUUUGCUGCGGAUUGUCAAAAACGGGGAGAAAGGAGCUCCCCUUUGCUGGUUUUCGUCUGUCACGUUUGCUGCUGGCUGUGAGCUUUGCUAUUGGAGAUCAUGAGCAAAGGCAGGACGAGGAGGAGGAAGAAGAUGUCCAGACCUCGAGAGGGCAGAGCCGACAGCGGGGCGGAGGUGGUCGCCGAGAGCGCCGAGAAGCGGGGCCCCAGCCGGACCAGGAUAAACGGGGAGAACAUAUUUACUUGCCAGUCCAAAAUCUAUACCUACAUGAGUCCAAACAAACCUCCUUCUGUACGACCUCCACUUCAAGAGGAAAACUCUGCCACACAUCAUGAGGCAAAAUGCCAGAGCAAAAUGGGGAAUGAAAGCUACAGAAAAGGAGACGACAGACUAAAUAUUGGCAAUGCAGCCGACAGCACUAUGAAAUCUGAGGACCAGAACAGCAAAGAAUGUGGGUGUGAAUCUCCAGCCUCCUUCUCCAGUCUCAAACCCGAAGCCCCACAGCCUCCAAAAGCCCUGCCUCCAGAGCCUGCUGAUGCAGCAAACAGAAAGGAAGCCCAGAAGAAAGGUAUCAAGACCAAGCCUGGCUCCAAGAGAAAAGCCCAAGGGAAAACGCAGCAGAACCGAAAGGUCACAGAUUAUUACCCUGUUAGAAGAAGCUCCCGGAAGAGCAAAAAAGAAUUACAGAUAGAGGAGAAAAAACGGAUAGAUGACUUAAUAGAAAGCGGCAAAGAAGAUGGCAUGCAGAUUGACUUCAUUGAUGGUAAAGGGCGAGGGGUCAUUGCAACCAAGCAUUUUAAACGAGGGGAGUUUGUGGUCGAAUAUCACGGGGACCUCAUUGAGAUCACGGAUGCCAAGAAGCGAGAAGCUGUGUAUGCCCAAGACCCAUCCACUGGCUGCUAUAUGUACUACUUCCAGUACUUGAGAAAAACAUACUGUGUUGAUGCCACAAAAGAGACCCACCGUCUCGGAAGGCUGAUCAAUCACAGCAAAUGCGGCAACUGUCAGACAAAACUUCAUGACAUUGACGGCACCCCCCACCUCAUUCUGGUCGCCUCCCGUGACAUUAAAGCCGGCGAAGAACUCUUGUACGAUUACGGAGACAGGAGCAAAGCGUCCCUUGAGGCUCACCCAUGGCUGAAACAUUAGCGCAACUUCCUGGAACGGACUUACCAAGAGGACUCUUGUUUACAGCUCUUGCGGUAGACCCCCUUCCUAAGUCUGCUCUGUAUAAUGGUGAUUUGAGAUGGCCGCUGCAGGGUGGAAGUCUUCCAGCCCUACCCCGAGCAAACUUGAACCUGAAUUCCUGGUGAUUUUUAAUACAUUAUGCUCAUCUGGAUUGCCUAAUCCUCACCUCCUCUACCCACCUGCAUACGAACAGAAGAAAUUAUCAGUGAUUCCUAACUUGGGAUAUUUGGGACUGAAUUUUUACUGCUGAGAAAUCAGCUUUUACUAAGGUUUGUUCGUUUUGAAGUCGCAGUUUUGCUCGUGCGAGGGAGGGAGGGCGGGGUAAAGAUAAUAUUAGGAAAGUAGUGUUGACCAUCUCAGGUGAAGGUCAGGGGCAGGGGAGAUACCCCCCCUUCCCCUUCCUCUAUGGUCACUGUUUCAGUAAAUGCCUGAUCUGGGGCACACUUCUGAACUUCAUCUGGGAUUCUCACAAUUCACAGGUGGGUGAUGGUGCUAUUAACAGAUAUCAGAUCCCUGCAAUCAGUGGGUAUAAUCUAGGCAGAGAUGUACUUGUCCCAGUAACCCUGGGGGCUGCAAAUGGGGAGGAGAGGAAGGAGAAGUUUUGUUGCACAAGCAGAACAGCUGCAUUGGAUACAAUCCUGUUAGGUUGGCAACUAGAUGGGCAAAGGGGUUGUGUGAUGCUCUGCUAAAGGUGAGCAAAGCUUUCUCCUUUCCACAGUAACUGUCCAUGCAACCCUUCUGGCACUGGUUAUGCAGCUACUGCUUCUAGAUGUACCUUCCUGGGUAAAGGAAGUAAACUGGAGUGAGUUGGUCUGUCAUCACCCGUCAUUGACUAUAUGAUUUGCCACCCUUCUCUGAAGCCUGGGAUGGGGAGCCUGUGGUCCACUGGUGGACGACAACUCCCAUCAGCCCAACCCAAGCAAUGACCAAUGUUCAGGGAAGAUGGGAGUUGUAGUCCACUAAUGUCCCAAGGGGGCCACUGGUCUCCCCUCCUGUCUUAAACCCAGCACGGAUAAGUAGUCCGAGAAGGGAAAAGCUUUUCCUGCGUUUUAGGCCCCAGUGACCUUGGCAUGGCCACACAGAUGUCCUUGUUUGGCUUCCUACCACCAAGUCCUCCAGUGCUGCCCAGGGGUCCGUAAGAUUUAGGGACCCGGCCUCUGUUUCUUUCUUUUUUAAAAGAGCUGUGAACUCCACUCCUGAGGUUGCUGGAUUAUCAUUUUAAAUUUAUUUUAAAUAAAGGGCGUUUGAUCCACGUAGAACUGUGAAGCCAAAAUGUUAAUAAUUAACUGCACUUUCUCUCUCUCUCUCUCUCUAAGAGAAAAGAGGGAGAAGAAUAACUUGGAGAAAACUCAAUGCUUUUUAUAGAAUCAAUGGCCGACUUUUGCUUAAGGGGAAUUUUUUUAUAUGAAAGCUUCUUGGGACAAAGCUCUUUUUCAACAAUCUGGCUGCUGGGAAGCAUCAAUCAGUUCUGGUGCAAACAUGAGAUUAUUUAUUUACUCUUGACUGCUCUUUGGGAACCAUGUCCCCAAACUUGGACUUCCUCUUCUAUCUGUAUGUGUGUGUGUAUAUACUCACACACGCAUGCAUGUAUGUGCAUGCUCAUACAGGCACCCUUGGCACACCUCCAAUCAGAUCUAGUGGGAUUAAAUAGGUACUUGGAGUAUAUCUUUUAGGGCAAGGAUGGUGACCCUGUGGCCCCCAGAUGUUGCUGGGAUCAAGUUCUCAUCACCCCAGAUCACUCGCCAUGUUUGCUGCCACUGUUGGGAGGGAAAGUCCAGCAACAUUUGGGGCACAUCAGGUUUCCCACUCCUGAUUUUGGGUGUGCUCCUCAAGCUGGCACCAAGUGCUCUUGGACCUUGGCUGCAUCUAAGGCUCUGGGAGACAGCUGGGGUGUGUAUGUCCACGAAUACUGUGACAUCCUGGUUAUAUGCUUGAGCAGCAAGUGGGGUGGGGUGGGGAAAGGGAGAUGGGACCUGAUUGGUAAUGUAUUUUUUAAAGCUUAAAAAAGACACCUUGAAGAAAAUAAUAUUUCUCUGUAUAAGAAAAUAAAAUAAAGUGAUGUA